CUCUUAGUAGUGUCUUUUGCAUAUUUUUUUUAUUGUAGUCAAGUACAGCUUAUCAAUUAUUUCUUUUGUGGAUUGUGUCUUUGGAGUGGUGUAUAAAAGUUAAUGCCAAACCCAAAGUCCUCUAGACUUAUUUCCUAUGUUAUCUUUUAGAAGUCUCAUUUCCUUUUAGAGGACAGUGAUAUUUGAAGCCAAUAUUUGGGUGCUGGGUAUCCUCAUUACUAUUUGGGAACCACUCCUCACAGGCUCUCUCAGUGGACAGAGUUCGGAAAUAUAUAUUUAUCCAAUUUAUAUCUCUUUAUAUUUCUAUAUCUUUCUAUUAAAAAUAAUGAGUUCACACUACUACCUAAAAUUCUAAUCAAACACCACAUAAUUAUUUGGGUUUUCUCCCUUUUCAUAUUUGCAACAUUUUUAUGUUAAUGAGAAACACGGCUUUUAUGAUUCUUAAGAUAUUUACCUAUUUGACCAAUUGCCCUGUAUUGAACCAGUCUCCCAUUGCUGCCACUGUGCCUUCCUCUGACAGAUGUCCUCCUCACCCCACCUGGGCUCUGAUGCUCCUUAUUGGGCUGCCCUCCUGCAGGAACACCCUCAUCCUGUUUGGGAUUGAACAGUCUAUGUCUGAACUUGCCUCUGUUUGGAUGAUUCCUCAUUCUCCAAAUCCUCUAGCUCCCCACAGUGUUACCUCCCUGUCUGAAACCUCUCCUCACCAUGCUCAGGCUCUGAUCCCUUUCUCUGGGCCAUCUUGGAUGCAAACCCUCCCCCAUUAAGAUGCCUACUUUCCUCUGUCUUACCCAGUUAGUUUAGUUUAAUAAUGUUCAGUAAGGAAAAAGAAGGAAAAGAGAAGAGGGCCUGAUCUUUCAUGUCCCUCAGUAAAAUUUACAGUUUCAUUGUUAGCUUUCUUAGAUUUCUAGCUAUUUUAUAUUUUUGCUUGUAUGGUGCAUAUUUAUUUUCUUUUUUUCUAUUUUCUCCCUUUAUUGCUGGUACAUAGAUAAGUUUUUAUUUGUACUUUGAGUGUUUAAUUUAUAACCAACCAAUUUCUUGAUCAUUUUGCUCCCUCCUUAUAUGUAUUUAAUCGAGCUCUUCCUAAAACAUCAGUUGUUCUAUCACUUUAUGCAUAAUGGAAGUUUUCUUGAUCUGAUACUUCUUUGUAGUUGAGAAGCUCCUGGCUUAGGUUAUAUAAUUUAUGGGAAACAAGUUGCUUAAAUAAAAAUGUCCCUAAAAAUUCAUUAAUUAGUAUUAAGAUUUAUGAUUUACUACAUAAAAUGAUGAAAUAUAGAAUAGUGAGGCUCUUUUAAAAGUGUUUAAGAAUCAGCCAAAAUAUUGCUUGCUUUUUAAGCUUAGAUUCUUUUCUUCUAGACUGUGGAAGUAGAAAAUACAUGAUUAUUCAGAAUUCUAGAAUCAACUUUAAUCCAAAAUCCUUAACUAGAAAGUGGGGGUCAGGAGAGGUGGGGAAUUAGAAAUUUAAAACUAUGUAUUAUAGUUUAUAUUAGAUAAUUUUUAGACAUAUUCAAAUUACUCAAACUAUUUUCUCCUUAACUUUCCUUUUUUUCAUAAAAUCUUUAAGAGUAUCAAACAGUAUAGCAAAGUAGAUUCUAAUAUUCAUAUUCUUAUUGCUAAUACAAUACAUGAGUUCUUUGUAGUAGUGGUUUUCAAAUGUUAACAUGCAUAUGAAUUACCUGGUAAUGGGGGCUAGGAAAUUGCAUUUUGAUCAAACACUGCAGGUGAUUACAAUUCAUGGGCCUCACUUAAGAAACACUGAUUUAGAAUGAAACAAUAUUUGAAUAAAUGCUUCAAGUGGUAUACUUUUGUUUAAAGUGCAGACAAAGAGUAAACACACUUUUUUCUAGUGAUUAUAUCAUUAUUCAGGGAAUACAGGGCACCGUGUAGCUGGAGUCAAUUGCACUCUCUACAAUCUGCUAUCAGAAUCAGCUGUUGAUGUUCACCAGCUCUCUAGGAUCAAGAGCUAAGUUCCUUGAAUGUUCCUAUCCUUUCUGAGGUUUUUAGUAAAAUGACACCCUAUAAAAUAGUCUAAAAGGAGUUGUAAAGUCACUCUAUAUUGUAGUUAUUUAUCCAAUUUUCAGUGUUUAAGAAGCUUUCUAUUAGGCAAGAGUAGGUUCAGAAUUAUCUGUGAAUAGCUACAAAAUAAUGGUUGUUGUUGGAAACUCCUAAGAAUAGCACAUGCUUUAGAGGAAAUCUUUUGGUCAUUUGGUCUAAUGUAAAACUUAAAAGGUGGCCUGAAGUUCACCCACCAUUUGAAAAUAUGUAGGUGCUCAGUUGCAUGUAACUAAUGCUCUGCUUUCUCUUUGCUUUCUGUCACUUCUGAGGAGCAGACCUGUGAAGCUUGAGGCCACUCAAGUUCCAAAUUUGUGACAAAUCCCCCAGGGCUCACUGGAGUGGCAGAUAUAGACCCGCAGCUAACUGGAUUUGAUUUAUAAGAGAGAAAACUACAGUCAAUGCCCACUCUUGCCACAUUGCUAAUAUGGAAAACAGAAUGUUGAAUAGGAUAUGGUCUGAUAAAGAGUGAUGAUUGAAGAUGCUGCUCCAAUACAUGUGAAAUCAAUGGGAGAUACCUGCUGUCUGAAGAUUUUUCAGAGCUUUUCUCGACAAGCUCCCCUUUAAGAAAUCGGAGGUAUAUUCUACCAUUAUACAGUCUUUCUCAAGUGGAUAUAAAUACGUUUGCCUCACUGUAACCAGACAACUAGACACCUAAUGUGGGACCAUGGCACUGCCCAGAUGCACGUGGCAAAAUUAUGUUUGGAGAGCAGUGAUGGCAUGCGUGAUACACAGGGGACUGGGUGCCCCAUUGACUCUCUGUAUGUUGGGAUGUUUGCUUCAGGCUGGUCAUGUGCUAUCACAAAAAUUGGAUGAUGUGGACCCACUGGUGACUACCAACUUUGGAAAGAUAAGAGGGAUUAAGAAGGAACUCAAUAAUGAAAUUUUGGGGCCUGUUAUUCAAUUUCUUGGGGUUCCAUAUGCAGCCCCACCAACAGGGGAACGUCGUUUUCAGCCUCCAGAACCACCAUCUCCCUGGUCAGAUAUCAGAAAUGCCACUCAAUUUGCUCCUGUGUGUCCCCAGAAUAUCAUUGAUGGCAGACUGCCAGAAGUCAUGCUUCCUGUGUGGUUUACUAAUAACUUGGAUGUGGUUUCAUCAUAUGUACAAGACCAGAGUGAAGACUGCCUAUAUCUAAAUAUAUAUGUCCCAACUGAGGAUGUAAAAAGAAUAUCCAAGGAAUGUGCCAGAAAGCCCGGCAAGAAAAUAUGUAGAAAAGGAGAUAUUCGGGACAGUGGGGGUCCCAAACCAGUGAUGGUGUAUAUCCAUGGUGGCUCAUAUAUGGAAGGUACUGGAAAUUUAUAUGAUGGAAGUGUCUUGGCAAGUUAUGGCAAUGUGAUUGUCAUUACAGUCAACUAUCGACUUGGGGUACUCGGUUUCUUGAGUACAGGGGAUCAGGCUGCAAAGGGGAACUAUGGACUCCUUGAUCUCAUACAAGCUUUAAGAUGGACUAGUGAAAACAUUGGAUUCUUUGGUGGUGACCCCUUAAGAAUCACUGUUUUUGGAUCUGGUGCUGGGGGUUCAUGUGUCAAUCUGCUGACUUUAUCCCAUUAUUCUGAAGGUAACCGUUGGAGCAAUUCAACCAAAGGACUUUUUCAACGAGCAAUAGCUCAAAGUGGAACAGCCCUUUCCAGCUGGGCUGUUAGUUUUCAACCUGCAAAAUAUGCUAGAAUGUUGGCCACAAAAGUUGGUUGCAAUGUUUCAGAUACAGUAGAGUUAGUGGAAUGCCUACAGAAGAAGCCUUACAAAGAACUUGUUGACCAAGAUAUUCAACCAGCUCGAUACCACAUAGCCUUUGGACCUGUGAUUGAUGGUGAUGUAAUACCAGAUGACCCUCAGAUAUUGAUGGAGCAAGGAGAGUUUCUCAACUACGAUAUAAUGUUAGGAGUGAACCAAGGGGAAGGGUUAAAAUUUGUUGAAAACAUAGUAGAUAGCGAUGAUGGUAUAUCAGCUAGUGAUUUUGACUUCGCUGUUUCAAAUUUUGUUGAUAAUUUAUAUGGAUAUCCUGAAGGCAAAGAUGUUUUGAGAGAAACCAUUAAGUUCAUGUAUACUGACUGGGCUGACCGUCAUAACCCUGAAACCAGAAGAAAGACAUUAUUGGCUUUGUUUACGGACCAUCAGUGGGUGGCACCAGCUGUAGCCACAGCAGAUCUUCACUCAAACUUCGGUUCACCUACAUACUUCUAUGCCUUUUACCAUCAUUGCCAAACAGAUCAGGUUCCAGCUUGGGCUGAUGCAGCCCACGGAGACGAGGUUCCCUAUGUCCUGGGAAUCCCCAUGAUUGGUCCUACAGAGUUAUUUCCUUGCAAUUUCUCCAAAAAUGAUGUGAUGCUGAGUGCAGUUGUAAUGACAUACUGGACAAAUUUUGCUAAAACUGGUGACCCAAAUCAACCAGUCCCUCAAGACACGAAAUUCAUUCAUACCAAACCCAACCGUUUUGAAGAAGUAGCAUGGACCAGAUAUUCCCAGAAAGACCAACUUUAUCUCCAUAUUGGAUUAAAACCAAGAGUUAAAGAACAUUACAGAGCCAAUAAGGUGAACCUCUGGUUGGAGUUGGUACCUCAUCUGCAUAAUCUCAAUGACAUUUCUCAGUAUACCUCUACAACAACUAAAGUGCCAUCAACUGACAUCACUUUCAGACCUACGAGAAAAAAUUCUGUACCUGUCACGUCAGCCUUUCCCACUGCCAAGCAGGAUGAUCCCAAACAACAACCAAGUCCAUUUUCAGUGGAUCAAAGGGACUACUCAACAGAGCUGAGUGUCACUAUUGCAGUUGGAGCAUCACUGCUGUUUCUGAACAUCUUGGCCUUUGCAGCCCUGUACUACAAAAAGGAUAAGAGGAGACAUGAUGUUCACAGGAGAUGCAGCCCUCAGCGCACUACUACCAAUGAUCUAACCCAUGCACAAGAAGAAGAAAUCAUGUCCCUCCAAAUGAAGCACACUGAUUUGGAUCAUGAAUGUGAGUCCAUCCAUCCACAUGAGGUGGUUCUUCGGACCGCCUGUCCCCCAGAUUACACACUAGCUAUGAGGAGGUCACCUGAUGAUGUUCCCUUAAUGACACCCAACACCAUUACAAUGAUUCCCAACACCAUACCAGGGAUUCAGCCCUUACACACAUUCAACACAUUUACUGGAGGACAGAACAAUACUCUGCCCCAUCCCCAUCCCCACCCCCAUUCACAUUCAACAACCAGGGUAUAGCCAGAUAACAGAAACAAACUAUUUUUUUGGUGGAUUGCAGUAAACGAUUACUGAAGAUUCCUUGGCUUUCAACCUACAAGACUUACUAUUUAAAUAAGGAGGAAUGUUAUGUGAAUAUACAUAUCAAGAACUUUGGGGGUUUUGAAAAAAAUGAAUUGUGUAUAUACAAAUCAACUUUAAAAACAAAUUUCAAUUGCUUGAAGCAAUUGUGCCGAAUGAUACUUUUUCAUUCACAUUCAAGAAUUAAUUUUUUGAAGAUUUAAGUUACAUAAUGGAAUUAGGCAUGUGGAACACCAAACAGGAAAGAACUAUGUCUGAAAUAUAAAAAAUAAAAAUAAAAAAACUAUGAAUAUGCACAAGGGACACACCAAUGGAAUGUCAGAUAAUUUUCACCAGUUUUUAUUUGGAGCCGUUUUAUUGUGUAGACCAUAUUUACAUAUUUGGAUAAGUACACAAAGCGUCAAUGCUGUUAAUGGCCUUAGCAAAGGCUCAUGCUGAAAUUUGCCAGUAAAACAAAGAAGUUUAAAGACUGGCAGGUACAACAUUAUCACAUAAGUGCUGUCAGUAUAAAGUUGUGGGGAUAAAGGAAACUGGAUAUUUUUAGCACGAUGUGCAUGAUAAUUUAUAUGCUUGGUGGCUGUGCUGCUGAUUAAGCCGUAAUUAAAAUUCUUCUCAUCCCAUUGGAGUUUUUAAUAGAAGCUUCCUCCAUCAAUUGGCAGAACCUAAAGAUUUUAAGGGGCAAAAGUAAUUACAAUAAAAUAAUUCACAGUAGUUUCAAUAUAAAAGGAAUUAGUUAUUAAAGGUAUUUGAAGAAACUAUAGGUAUAGUGGUGAAUACUCGCUGAUAUGAAUCCCAGAAAAAAAAUUCCCUGUUUUCAAUGUUCUUUUCAUUCUCAUCUAGAUAAUUUAUAGAACUAUAACCCUAAUUGGACAUGUGGUACAGGAUCUAUAAGUUGCUGUGUUUUUUUGUUACUCUGUAUUUUGUUCCUUUUGGUAAGGUGAAGUGUGUCCAAAGAGUUACUUGCAACAGUCUUUCAUGAUAUGAGGAUGCCCCAGUAUUAACACUCUGAUUAUAGUUCUGAGUUCAUUGAUUUACUCAUGCUGCAUGACAAAACGUUUACUAAUAACAAUUCAUUAUAAAGUUAUGUCCCUCUUUACAUCACUUAUCUUUCUCACUGAGGUUCAUUCACUGGAAUUUACUCACGCAAUCUCAGUAGAGUACAACGUAGAUACAGAACCUAGGAGAGUCAACACCUGGAGGAUUUUAGUCUUACACAUAUGUGUGAUUUUAAAUGAAUAUUCUCAGACCACAGGAAACUCUUCAUCCCCCUGUUGUUUACCAGUAACAGUAUAUCACAGACCUUUCCAAAUGUUUGUAUAUGUAAUCAGAUGUACAUUUAUAUUUAAAAAAAAAUGAGAUGGACUUAAAGAGCACAUCCUGAUAAAUACUUUCUCUCUUACCUGUACUAUAUUUCUAUUAGACUAAAGUUAUGUGAUUUUUUUUUUACAUUUUUUCAGAUGACUAGCAAUUUUGAUAGUUUAUAAGAUAAUGCAAAGAACUUUCUCUGACAAACUAACUGCAGUAACAGAAACCUUUCUUUUCAGUUACUCUUUUUCAAGAAUGAAAGAUUAUUAUACAAAAAAAAUUGUAUACUACUUGAUGGAACCAACUUUGUACAUCUUGGCCAUGUCACUGGUCAUUGUGUGAAAUAAAGAUAAUCUGGAUAAUGACUAUUAGUCCAAUGCUAAGAAACAUGAUCUUUGCUCAUUAAAGAGCUAAAAUGUUUAUUGCUGUUUUGUCUUUCUUUUUUCUAAAAAAAAAAAAAAAGAAAAGAAAAAGAAAAAAAGGAAAAGAAAAACAAAGAAACAUGACUGUCUCAAAGAGUAAUUUUUCUAGAUUAGAUCAGUCGGGUUUUUGAAGACAUAUAGGUAACUUCCACAGAAAACACAAACAUGUAUUUAAAGGCAAGUCUCAUCUAAGAUGAAACUCACAAAACUUUAAUGUUAUAAAUUUAAAAGCUCCAGAAAUUCAUGAAAAAAAGAAAGAUUAGCUGUGUGUUGUUAAAUAUCUCUCAGGUACAGAUGUUGUAGAAAUAAAGUGUCAAUUGUUUUCAGUUAGAAACAUAAGUUCCACUUCUGGUCAUCAAGGAAAAGGUCUAUUGAAAAUAAAUUUGCAAUAUUUCAUGGAAUACAAAUAACUAGGAUCAUAAAAUGGGGGUGAUUAAACUACCAUAAAGUAAUGAAUAGAAAGUUGCCAUGCUAAGAGAAUGUAAACGUGCUGAGCAAGAUACUAAACUGACACUAAAAGAUAAAAAUCUAUUUCAAGGAAUUUAUUUGAUUAUAAUCCCCCUCCCAAUUAUUAUCUAUCAAUGAAAUGUAUGUAUUCUUCCAUAAUUUAAAAAAAAAAAUCUCUGUUAGAAGCAAAAGCCUUCAAAAUCCAGAGUGAUCUACAUGCAGUUUUUGACUGAGGUGGUUAUGCUUUUAAAUUGUGAACUGCCAGUGUACACAAAUAGAAACAAUUGUUUAGCAUCUGAAGUAUUGUUCAAUUGGAACACUGUAUUUUACUGUAUUAAUUAAACAAAACACUAGAACAGAAUAGAAAUGACAGCAAAAUAAGGUAUGAAUGAAUACUUUUGUAUGCAUUGCUUCAUUUGGCAAAACCAAACAUUCUAUUAAAUAUUGUGUUUUAACGAUGGCCAUAUUUAUAGCUAUCUACCAAUCUAUUGCUCUGCAUUUAUCAAUCUACCUAUAUGUAGCAUAACUGUCAUCCUCUUUAUAUUAAUUUAGGAAAAUGAUUUAGGAAAACAAAAUAUAGCCCUAUUAUUUUCUCUAAAUUAGGGUAGAAUAACUUUAUGGAAGAUAAAGCAGCCUAGGUUUAAUAGCUGUUCACCAGUCACGUGAUAAAGUCAUUGUGAAUGAGUGUUAGUUGCUACUUUUAUAAUUUCCAGUCUCUAGUUUUCUGAAUGAAAAAGGAUGCUCCACAAUUACACAGAACAUUAAGAACUGUUUUUAAAGCUGAAACAUAAUUUUUAUAUGCAAGGAAAAUAAAUACUGUUAUUAAAUUUUAGAAAGUAUGUUGAAAAUGUGUUUAUUUAGAUAAUAAUUUUCUUUGAAAAACAAUGUAAGUAAAAAAGUAAAAUAAUAUUUUUGUCAUUAUUUGUUAAUUCAGAUUUUCCUGGCUCCGAUUAAAAAUUAGGCAAAGCUGCUCAUAAUUUCUAUAAAAAUUACACUAAAGUGAACUUCAUUUCAUUGUUUUGCUGUUAUAUAAAAUUUUUGCCAAAUGUUUACCAACAGAUUAAUGUUUUAGAGUUUGGGUUUAGAAAAAUAAAAGUGACAGAUUUUAUAGUUUUAAAUCUUUAUUGAUCAUGUUGACUAUGAACAGAAUCUAAUUGGCUACCACAGAUAUAUAACAAAGUUUAUUACUAACUUUAUGCAAAUUGGAAAAUAAUUUGCUAAAGCAUUAAAAAUAUCCAAUUUGGAGACAUCUUGCUGGCAACUCAAAGCAGAAAAUCUGAAUAUAUAUUAUUUUAUUCCUUAUUUCAAAUAUAAAAGUUGACCAAAAUGAUGCUUUAUUUCAGACUUCCUGAUCUGUACAUGAAAACAGCAACAACAUUUUAAAAAAAUUAUCAACUAUAUGUAGCACUAAAAAGGAAAACAGAUGGCACUAAUUUUCUUACAGAAGUGAAGUGCUGAAACUAAAUUGUUAUAUCUAUAACAACAGUUUUUUCACCUCUUGGCACACUCAUCCUGACACACAUAUUAAUAUCAAAAAAGGAUACAAAGAAUGUGAGAAAUGUGUUCCAGCUUUAAAGACACUACCACAUAGAAGUUACUGGGAUUCUUUUCUUUGGCGAGUUUCACUGAGAUACUUUCAAAGGGUGAAAUGAUGAAUUGAAUUCUUAAGAAGCUAUCAAAUAUGGCAGCCUUUUGAUGUUAGUAAUUUUGUUUUCUUCUGUGUUAUUGGUUCAAAGUACUGGCCUUUUCCUUCAUUUCCAGUAAUUAGUUGGUAUAGACUAUCACUUUUUAAUGUGAGUGGAAAUUAGAUAAUUUGGUUAUACUUGUGAAAACAUGCUUCCAAAUACAUUCAAUUAAUGGGCACUUCCCUGCUGAGAUUUUGUUAUCAUUCAUUUAAUUAUCUUGUCAAGCUUUCCUGUUGAGACAAAUGUUUUAGCUUUCUGCUCAAUAAACUAAGGGAAUUUCUCCAGUAGCCUUAUACCUCUCCUGCACUUGAUCUGAUAGCAACAUACCCUUCAAAUUGCCAUCAGAAGUCUCUAAAGAAAUUUCCUACUGAUGUGAAACAUUUGGUGACCAACUUGAUUCUUUUUCAUAAGCAUUCUGAUUUGACUUUAUUCUGGCACUUUGCUGUAUUUGUAUGCAGGCCAGAAAUCAAUUCCAUUUGAUACGGGUUGUGGAGAACACAGACAGGAAUAACCACGUGCAGGGUUUAAGUGCCUUUUCCUCCUGAGAUUUUAUUUAUAAAACUUAGCUUUUUUUUAAAUUUUCAGAUUCUGAUAAUUCAAUUUAAGGAGUACAAUAGGAAGACUAUAUUAUAAAUUACCAAUAAGACAAGUGUAUUUAGACAUUUUUACAUUUAAUUUGAUUUUUUAAAUAAUAUCAGAUGGAUCUAAAUGGCUUCUGGGAAAGAUUGAGGUAAAGUUUUGAAAGUGACAAUUAUAUAAGCAUCUGGCUUGAUGGUACUUAAGAAUAAAAAUUUAGAUCUCUAACAAACUUUAAAAAUAUUCCAGAUAUUAAGUUUAAUUUAAAAGAAGUCUGAAGCUAUUAGAGAUAAUCAUAUAGUAGGUAGGUAUAUAUUUUUUCUAGUCAGCUAUUACAUACACCACAUAGUAUAUAUACCCUAUAUACUAUAUGGUUUAUAUAACAUUUAUAAUGGCCCUUUCAGACCCAUAUACUUACAAAUGACAUUGUAUAACUACCUACCUAUAUAUUAAUGUGACAGAAUUUAGUCCUCUAUGGAAAGUCAAACCAAAUUGCUAGCAGUUUUAAGUUGAAAUGAAUGAUAACAAUUAAAGCUUUUAAGAAAUUGGUAAGGGUAGAGUAACAAAAACUCAGCGGAUAAAUGUAAAACAGAGGGACCAUUUUUGAAUGCCAUUCUCAGAGUUGACAUCUAAACUAGACGGUGUGUUUAAAAGGAUUUUAGUGGUUUUGAUUCAUCCUUUCUCUGCAUUCAUAUCAUUUAGCAAAUUAAUGGGACAUAUGUCAUGGUUUUUGUGAAAAAGACCAUUGGGUUAUCAUGAUUCAGUUUGUGUUUGGACAUCUAUGGCUUUCAUUAAAAACAUGUUUAUUAUCAUGAAUAAAUAUUACCAUGUUUUCCAA